AUGGCACACAGAUUAGGCGGUCGUAGAAAAAAUGUCAAGAAAGGAUUUCAAUUCACUUUGAUGGUUGUUGGUGCUUCUGGUACAGGCCGCACAACAUUUGUCAACACGUUGUGCAACUCGGGCGUACUUGCCAAAAAGGUGUGCGAUAAUCCAGAAGAAGCCCAUAACGAAGAAGGCAUCACCAUCAAGCCUGUAUCUGUUGAGCUGGAUGAGGACGGUGUUAGGAUCUCACUCACCAUCGUUGAUACGCCUGGAUUUGGAGACAAUAUUGACAACGAGCGAUGUUUCCAAGAAAUUGUGGGAUACCUUGAGCGUCAAUAUGAUGAUAUCCUUGCCGAAGAAUCGCGUAUCAAGCGUAAUCCUCGUUUCCGAGACAACCGUGUACAUGCGUUGUUAUACUUUAUUUCACCCACAGGCCAUGCGUUACGCGAGAUUGAUAUUGAAUUGAUGCGUCGAUUGAGUCCUAGAGUGAACGUAAUCCCUGUUGUGGGACGUGCUGACUCGUUGACACCGCAAGAACUCAAGGAUUUCAAACGCAGGAUCAUGGAGGAUAUUGAGCACUACAACAUUCCCAUCUACAACUUUCCAUAUGAUGUGGAGGAGGAUGACGAGGAUACGGUUGAAGAAAACAGCGAACUAAGGGCCCUACUUCCAUUUGCUAUCAUUGGCAGUGAUGAAGAAAUCAAUGUGGGUGGGCGUACAGUGCGUGGUCGCCAAUACCCUUGGGGAGCUGUUGAAGUGGACAAUCCUCAGCACUCGGAUUUUGCCAGAUUGCGAUCGGCGCUAUUGAGUUCCCAUUUACAAGACCUAAAGGAGAUUACACACGACUUCUUGUAUGAGAACUAUCGUACCGAGAAACUCAGCCGUACCGUCAGUGGUGGUGAACAAGAGGAUGCUGCUUUGAAUGCUGAAGAUAUGAGUAGCCAAAGCGUACGCCUGAAGGAAGAGCAGCUACGAAAAGAAGAAGAAAAGCUCCGCGACAUUGAACUCAAGGUGCAGCGUGAAAUUCAAGAAAAGCGAGCCGAGCUGUUGAGCAAGGAGGAAGCCCUACGUAGUCUGGAGUCGAGAUUGGCACAGGCUCAGAUAGCAGAUGCCUAG